CUACAGCAGCAGCGGGAGGAGGAGGAAGAAGAGGGAGAGGAAGAAGAGGGGAGACGAGCGCAUCACAAAGUUUGAAGCGGCGACGAGAGCAGCCGUCUCUUUGCCUCCUCUAACCUUCGUCUCUCCUAAACAUCUCAACCCCCAAACACAGACGGGCGAGCAAGAAGAAAGGGCGGGCGCAGCUGCAGUCCCUCACUGGCUGCUCGACCUAACGAGGAACGACCGACGACUCAUGUCGUGUCUGCCGAGGAGGGUCCGUAAACCGAGUCUGCUUCCAGUCGACUGAGAAGAUCCAAGUGGAUGAAGCUUCUUCUCUGUACGACUGACGGUCCAGCAAACCGCUUUCAGAACCUUAAUUUCCCACCUCUAGUUGCCGCUCGACAAAUCAAGAGAGGCAGAUUCUCAGGACCCGUUUGAACACUUAACAGCUGUGAACCACUUAAGAGAAACCUUUGUGUUAGGCCAGACAUCAACAGCAAAGGUGAUGCACUGUUUUGUCGUCAGGGGCAUUGAUCCACCGACCUCCUGAUUGAAUUGGGCACACAAACACACACACACACACACACACAAACUGACAGACACCCGGUCCAGUGGCUUCAGUGACACAGCGCCCAGACACGCGUUCCCAGAGCGAUGCCCGGCAUCUGAACACCGUUGACUCCCAGAGUGAACAGCAACCUUUGAGUGGGACCGGACACACCUCGGGGCGUUUUGCAGUAGCAGGAGGCAGCGUCACGGCCUGCCCGCUCCGAUUGAGCGUGGCGAUGAGAGCUGAUGUGGCAGAUUGGUCCUGGUGAACCUAGUCAGAGCACAUCAGGGGGGGGGGGCGGGCGGGCCUUUCCGGAUCGUGUCACCUUUGUCGACCCAGAUCUAAGUACACUGGCCGCCGGAGGAGGGAAGAUGUAUGUGCGAGUUCUGCCGUAAUCAAAAUAGCCAUCUUUAUACCUUUUGCUUUCUGUCGCCACGAGCCCUUCAGCCAACCCACGGGAAAUAAAACAUAAAACCCCUCAGUCGCCAGUUUGGCCUUUUCCGUCCCGCGCGACCCCUAAUGAGCAAAAAGCUCAUCCUUCUCUGCACCUUCUCCAAACACACCAACCACCCACUCAGUGUGUAAGCCCUGCCUACGGGCCCCUAGGAGGAUGAACGAUGUGCCCACACUUGACUACGAGUUGCUGCUGUCCCCGGCCAGCUCCUCCCUCCCCGGCAGUCCUGGCGGUGGCAGCAGCAGCAGCCAACCUCUCACCCUGGUUGGAGUGGACAAUGAGCAGCGCACAGCCUUGGCCUUUGUAGGCCUCCUCAUGCUCUUCCUGGUCUUCCUGUUGGUCAGGUGCUUCAGGAUUCUGCUCGACCCCUAUAGCCGCAUGCCCGCAUCAUCCUGGACUGACCACAAGGAGGGGCUGGAGAGGGGCCAGUUCGAUUAUGCACUGGUGUAGGUUGAUGUGUAAAAGAGAGAGUGGAAAGAGGGAUGUUUUAAAA